CAACAAAUCACGUGCAUCCAUCAAUCAGAGUAGAACUGAGACCACAUUUCUCUUCCUCAUUUCCUUCCCUUUCCAUCCCCAGCACUUCGGUUCCAAGCGCAAUCCGCGACGAGAUGGAUGACGACGCGCCCCAGGAGCGGGGCCCGAGCCCGCCGGAUCCACCAUCACCGUUGCAAGACAUCCUAGCUGAGAACCCUGUACAGGUGGACGACGCUAUACCAGAUCACGAUUCUGUCUUGGACGAGUCAGAAGCAUCCAGCCAGUUAACGUCCCUGAAGUCUAGCAUCAUAAAUUACAAGUAUGGUUGCGCUAAUUGGCUCUGAUAUUUGGAAGAUAUCUAACAAGCUGUG